CCACUCUUGUUUCGGUGACCUUUCUUGUUGUGCGUCGUCAAGGCAUCGCAGCGUCUAACCCGAAUGACUAAGCAGAUGCAAAAUAGGAGCUUGGUUCAGUAGGGAACUUAAACAAUAUCUUUUCACUCAGAACACAAUACUCAAGUCCAUGAGAGGAAUUUUUCCUCAAGCAUUAAACAGUGCAUCCCUGCAGGCGUGUAUGCGCUUUCAUAUCAGUGCAUGGCGAAGCAUCCUGUUUACAUCACAAAAUGUCUCCAUGCCAACGAGAGGCUGGUGAGGGGUGCUGGGUCCUGGCAGUGCCAUGUGGGCUUGGCUCGGGUAUUGUUUCACCGAAGCAGGGAUUUCUCUGCCCUGUACUGAGAGGGGAAAGAAAAGGAGGGUGGAAAUGAGACCGCUAAGGAGGCAGACAUAUGAGAUCCCAGAACAUCACAGCAAAGUUGCAGCCGUGCUCUGCAGACUCAUUUUUAGCAUUCCUGUUUCACAUCAUAACCGAAAGCAGAUAUAUGGAAAACUUUGGACCACUAGAUUUGUAGAGGACUGAGGCCUGAGGAUGGUCAGGAUUUGCAUUACAUAGUCCAAAAAAGUUUGAGCAGAGCUAAUGGGGAGAUCGCACAGUCGGACACAAAGCUAGAGAGCUCAGGAACAGACCGUCUACUUCCCUCGUGUCGGUGACUCCGUACUGUCGUGUUGGAUGCAGCUUAACAAGCAGAAGAAGAGAAAGAAAGGAUUUCUCUCGCUCCAGUGGACUAGAUUGUAUUCAGAAUGAUGAAAAAGUGAACUUGAAUAGUUCCAGAAACCAAAGAAUCAAGUGAGGAGGACAGGUAUAUUUUGUGGGAGACUUCAGGUGGAAGUAGGCGCCAACGUUUCCUGCGUCGCAUCGUUGGUUGAGUAAGAAAACAGGUCCUGUAGGAUGACCAGCCUUUUCCGACGCAGCAGCAGUAAUGGAGGGUCUCGGGGCGGCGGGGACUCGGCUACAGGUGAGCUCAACAACUCCAGGCCCAACCGGCAAGUUCGACGGCUGGAGUUCAACCAGGCCAUGGAGGACUUUAAAACCAUGUUCCCUACCAUGGACUAUGAGGUGAUCGAGUGCGUACUGCGCUCCAAUAAUGGGGCUGUGGAUGCCACCAUCGACCAACUCCUGCAGAUGAGCAUUGACGGACAAGGCUCAGAUGACAGUUCGGAUUCAGAUGACAGCAUCCCACCAGAGAUUCUUGAGCGGACCCUCGAGCCAGACAGCUCAGACGAAGAGCCGCCCCCUGUCUACUCCCCUCCAACAUAUGACAUGCACAUAUAUGACAGGAAAUACCCGGAUGCUCCUCCUGUUCCUCCACCCAGAUUUGAGGCCCAACCUCCUCCUGGACAACGACAAGUGCAAGGUUACAAAAACUGGAACCCACCGUUACUUGGCAGUCUGCCUGAUGACUUCCUGCGAAUCUUGCCCCAACAGUUGGACAGUAUUCAGGGCUCUCAGAGUAGCAUGUCCAAACCCUCCUCCUCAGUACCCCAGAAGGUCCCUACUGUGGCAGCCGACGCGGGAACAGGCAGCACUUCAGAGCAGGAACGCAAACUGAAGCAAUAUUUGGAGGAUGAGCGUAUUGCACUCUUCCUGCAGAACGAGGAGUUCAUGAAGGAGCUGCAAAGGAACCGAGAGUUCCUCAUUGCGUUGGAAAGAGAUCGAUUGAAAUACGAGUCAAAGAAAUCCAAAUCCAGUCAUUCAUCAGCUAGCAUGGAGAACUCCACAGGUGACCACUAUGCUUCCAGAUCAGUAGAGGCCUGUACAGCAGUCUCAGAUGACGCUCUGUUUAGAGACAAGCUUAAGCACAUGGGGAAAUCAACCAGGAAAAAGCUGUUUGAAAUUGCCAGAGGGUUCUCAGAGAAGACAAAGCGGAGAAAGUCUAAAAGAAGAACAUUGCUACGGCAUCAUUCAUAUCCUUCAAAAUGUUCCAGAACCAUAUUGGGCACAGCCAACUCCACUGCCAACCUCCUUGACGAUGUGGAAGGAAACCCAUGUGAUGAAGAUCCUCAGCUUAGACGAUUGACUGCACAGGAAGAGGAGGAGCCACAUAAGGAACCACUAUCAUGAUCCCUCUGUGCUCUUGGGAAAUUAGGGUUUCCAUGGUGACCUCAGAAUGACCCAUGGCUGAUAGCUCCUUAUCUCGGUGGCUCUGGUGUUUAGCUCGGUGCCAGUCAAUCGCAGACUCCAGAGGAACAGCCCACCCCAGACCAGCCGAGGCAGGAUUGUGUAUGAUCAUUUGUAGCAGCCUUUUGCGAGCAUAAGAUUAUUGUUACCUAUAUUUGAUUACUAUUAUAAUUAUUGUAUUGUAACUGUUUGUUAAUAUUUGGUUUCAUAUGUAAAAAUCAAUAAGUAUAGUACUGAUUUCCAGCUAUGUAUUUUUUUCUUUUUAUCCGUAAUCAUUUAAAAAGAAAAUUCCCUUUAUGUUUGUUUAAAAAUAUAUAUAAUUUACCUGAGGAAUUUUAUUUCCCCACUUAUGUUUGAUUUAACUUGACACCAUUUGAAAAGAGACAAAUGAUUUGUUUAUUACUGUCCACAAUUAAUGGUCAGUCAUUUCAGCACAUUAGUACAUCUCAUUUCUUAUUUUUAAUGGACUUUCAGAGUCUAAUCUGCACAUUAAACAUCAAAGGCAUUUCCUCUAAGAAUGUACCCAGAUUGUCAUAUUCAUUACUAACUCAGAAACCUUUCUUUAUCAAAUGCUAUUAAGAAAUCAUUAUUCAGGUGUUUAUUUAGUCUGGUGUGAAUAUUAUUAUUAUUUUAUUAUUAUUUUUUUUUUUAGGGUGCUGAACAGUCCAGUUCCAUACUACUUUUUCAUACAGUUAAAACAAAACCAAAAGUUCAUUCAGAUGAGAUGCCCUCCUUUAAUAUUAAGGCAAUGCACACUUUCUAUGUAACACAUCUUCCAUGCCAAAAUUAGAUUUCAGUCAUUUUUACACAAAAAAGAAAGGCAAAUCGAGUUUGCCUGCUUCUCGUGUUUGCACUGCCAUAUCAGUUUUAUAAAAUAUUUAAAUACCUUUUUUUUUUCUUUUUUUUUUUUAUCUGUUUCUUGGUGAAAAGUGAUUAGAUUGAUUGAGUCAGUAAAGUUGUCAUCUAGACAUGUUUUGUUUGUUUUGUUUUUUUUAUCUUCGCAAAGAACAGAACGGGCAUAGAACAGUUUGAAUCAUGCUGUUCUUGAACCUACCAAAACGCUGCUGUGUGCUUUGCUUUUUUUGCAAAUCAGACUGAUUGAUUUACCCUAACGCUGUGCUUCCAAGUAGGUCACGUGACUAUGUCAUAAGGUCAGAGGUCUAAUAAUGAUCCACCAAUAAGAAUGUGCCAUUAUGUUUCUUUUAGUGUUGUGCAUCCCAGUAUUGAUUCAGUGUGAAGUAGCCCUUUGGAGGACACUGUGUGAGAUUGAUGUUUGUUUUGUUUGCAUUUUAUUGUCCAACAGUUAAAUCUGUCAGUUUGAAACCAUCUAGUCACAGUAUUAUGUGUGUCUAGGCUUUUUGGAUUCCACCAUGUUACUGAUACACUACGAGCUCAAAAAAACAAGUCUGUAAUCUGUUUUGAAAAUGAUAUGAAUUGAAAGAACAAAGAUUUUGUAAGAGCAAAACCUUGUUUUGAGAAGAAAUGACGCAUACAGCACAGGACCCACGUUUCCAGCAUGUACCGUUGUCAUCUGUGAUUCACGGGCACGCCUGUGUGAGAUUUUCCCUUCCAUCCUGCUUAUUAACAUAUUUUAUCCUCUCAGGGAACUUGCUUUCAUUUCACUUUCUGCUAAAAGCACAAUUCAAAACUGAAAAUUUGUUAGUGAGUGGCUUCUUUUAUAGGCAAGGUAGCACCAUCUGUUUACCUGAAAACACUUCAAGAUACCUUUUUCCAUCUUUGGUUUUUGUAUGGGACAGAUAGGGUUGAAAUCAUUGGCAGAUGUGUUCAGAGAGUGUUGUGUGUGAGCCACAAGAGUUUGAGUGGCUCUUAACAAUUAGUGGAAUGUACUGUUUAUACUGUAUUUGAAGGAAGCAAGUUUACAUGCAAAUUGACGAUUUUUUUUAUAUAUGAAAUAUUUAGCCAUUAUUUCUGUCCCCUUACUUUCUUCUAAAAAAUGAUUCUCAAA